GAUGACGUCAGGAAACUAGCAGCAGUUUCUCUAUAAGGGCCUUUCCUGUGAUGCGCCUCUCCUUCCUCUUUCACUUUCAGGCCCGCCGCCGCUUUUUAAAGAUCAGCUGACGCCUCUGUGAGUCCACACAAGCCGCAGUCACCAUGGCGAGUGUGUGUUGCUGGACCCUCCUGGUCGCUUUUGUUGCAAGUCAGACCGCCGCAUCAUCAGUGGAUCCUCCCAUCAAUCCCACAGUGCAUUGCUGGUGUGCAAGCUAUCCCAACAGGACCUUUUGCUCUUGGCCUGAACCUCCUAACUCUCAGCCAGUGCGCUACAUCGCCUCCUACAGUGAAAGACACCAGCCGUCCGUGACCAAGCAAUGUCAACUCACGACUACCAACUCGUCAUCAUCACGAGAGCAGGUGUGGCACUGUCCCCUGCGUGACCUGAAGCUUCUGACGGAUUACAUCAUCAACGUGACGACGCUUUACGACAGAGGCAGCAGCUCUCAUCUGAGCAGCUUCAUGCUGGAGGACAUCGUGAAACCUGACCCCCCCGUGGACAUCAAGGUGUCCCCUCACAACGUCAGAGCAGUUCUCAUAGAAUGGUCGGCUCCUCCCACUUGGACGUACCUGGACAUCGUCCCCUUAAAGUACCAGAUCCUGUACCAUUGGAACAUCAAGGGCACCACCAAGUCUGUCACUCUGGGUCCUCUGGAGAACACCAGCGUGGAGCUGAAGGGUCUGAUCCCAGGUAGAAGCUACCUGUUCCGGGUGUGCGCUAAGGAGCUGCUGGGUUUGGGUCAGUGUAGUCGCUGGAGCUCACCCGUCACUGUGACCUUACCGAAGAAAAACCUCUAA